AUGCCAGUCAGUUCACACUAUGUGGUCAGCUACGGUACCAUGCCAACAAGUGGAUGUGAUGCAACCUAUGGGCGCAUCAUCACUACACCGUCGAGCAGCUCGGCGGCUACCGUAACCAUGAAUCGGACAGCAGUUUGCAAUUUUGGGAUAAAUCGUACGAUGUGUGGAAAUUUCGGGCACACGUUGGCGCCAAUCUACAGUAUGCCGAUGCUCGCAGCCGAAACGUUUUGCGCGGUACCUGGGCGUACAUCUCUGCUCAGUUCGACUACAAAAUACCACGUUACCAUUGGGGAGAUUUAUCGACGCAUCUCACCACCAGAAUGCCUCAAUGCCUCACUUCUGGGAGGAAUUUUGCGAAAAGCCAAGUCAAAAGAUGGAGGUAAAACACUGCGUGAUAGCCUAAAGAGAGUUGGAUUAACAUUGCCGGCUGGACGACGAAAAGCAGCAACAGUAACAGCGUGGACAGCGCUGGUGGAAGGAGGAAUCUUACGAACCUAA